AUGACGUCCGCGAAAGUCGUUACCUCGGAGAUCGAGCGCAUGCCGACGAAUGGCUCGAUCUCAUCUGAGAAGCUUGGCGACAACCACAAGGAUGAGAAGGGCCUUGCCGUCGUCGAUGUCCUUGAGAGGGGCUCUCUCGACGAGCAUGAGAAGGUCAUCUACGCCGAGGACCAGUUCACCGAAAAGGAGUACAAGCGCCUUCGUCUGAAGAUCGACUUCAUCAUCAUGCCCAUCAUGAUGAUCAUCUUCGGUCUGAACUAUUCUGACAAGACGUCUCUGUCCUCGGGUGUGAUUUUCGGUCUCAAGGAGGACACGCACCUCAAGCCGCAGGAAUACAACAACCUGAACAGUUUCUUCUAUCUUGGUUUCGCUGUCGCGCAGUUCCCAAUGGGUGCUCUUCUGCAGCACUUCCCUCUCGGAAAGGCUAUCAGUGUCACUGUUAUUAUCUGGGGUGCCAUGUGCAUGUGCCUGGCCGCCUGCAACAACUACUGGCAGCUUUCCCUGGUCCGCACGCUCCUCGGAUGGUUCGAGGCCGCCGUCAUGCCCGGUUUCGCCAUCAUGACGUCUGCCUGGUACUUGCGUCGUGAGCAGACGCUGCGACAGACGCUCUACGCUUCGAUGAACACUUUCUUUGCCAUUAUCUUCGGUGUUGGAAUCUACUACAUUGCGCUGGACGCGCAGACGCGCGGCGGCCUCGCGGCGUGGCGCGUCAUUAACCUCUUCCUCGGCGGCACGACUGUGGGCAUGGGUAUCAUUUGCCUCAUCUUCGUCGGCACCCCCGACGAGGUCUGGUGGCUUACGAAGCGCGAGAAGCUCAUGGCCAAGGCGCGUAUCGUGUCGAACGGCACUGGCGGUGGUGAGAGCCACCCCUGGAACUGGGCUCAGGUGCGCGAGUGCUUCCGCGACCCGCAGCUGUGGCACAUGGUCGCCGCCAACUUCCUCAACUGCAUCCCGAACGGAGGCCUGACCGCGUUCGGUAUCUUGAUCAACAAGACGUUCGGAUUCAACAGCCUCGACACAAUCCUCUACUCGCUCCCCGGUAACGCCAUCACUUGCGUUUGCAUCAUCCUCGCCGGUUUCUGCGUCUACUACUUCCCCAAGUCGCGCUUCCCCAUCGCCAUCGCCGCCCAGCUCUGGACUUGCUUCAUUCUCCUCUUCGUCGGAUUCACCCCUCUCACCAUGAACCGCUGGGUGCGCUGGGCUUUCUACCAGUUCUACCCCAUCUACUCCAUCACCAUGUUCCUCGUCUUCCCCCUCAUGACUGUCAACGUCGCCGGCCGUUCCAAGAAGACCGUUUUCGGUGCCUCAUGUCUCAUGGCCUACUGUAUUGGUAACGUCGUUGGAGGACAGAUCUUCGUUCCUGCCGACGCCCCUCGCUACCACCGCGCCCUCAUUGCCUGUGCCAUCUGUCUCUGUGUCAACGCCAUCAACCUCGGCUGCAUGCAGUGGUACUACAAGCGCCAGAACAAGCGCCGCGACAAGGAGUUCGCCGAGUCGGGCAUGGCAGAGGAGGAGCGUGAGCUACAGACCCGCCUCGCCGGAGAGAGCGGCCUCACCGACAAGGAGAACAAGUACUUCCGCUACUGGUGCUAA